AUUUCACUAGUGAUAGUUUAUAUUUUUAUUAUUUUUUUUCUUUUAUGAUAAUUAUGAAAAAUAUAUGAAUAUACUGGCGAUAAAUUUUUUAUAAUUAUUUACGAAUAUUUAUUUAAAUACAAAUUGUUUAUUAAAUAAUAAUUAUAUAAAUAUAAAUAUGAAUUCAAGAAAAUAAAUGAAAUAGUUUUUAAACUAUUACAACUAAUUGAUUAUAUUUUGUCAAUGGAUAAUAAAAUAUUAAAAAAUAUUGAAAAUGAUAAUGAAAAUGAGAUAAAUGUUAAUGAUCAAAAAACUUUAAAUAGUUUUAUAGAUGAAUGGAGUGUUUGUGACGUAUUUAAUACAGAUGAAAAUAAUGGGAAAACACAAUAUUUUGAUAAUAAUGAAGAGAAAAAAGAAAAGAAAUCAUCAGAAAUUACACAAAAUAAUUUAAAUUUUUCUCAGAAUGAAACAAAUACUCAUUGGCAGGAUAAUACAUUUUUGGAUAAAAUGUUUUCACAAUUUGAUUCAUAUGACGAAAAAAAUGUUUUAGAAUGUUCUACUCAGAUUAUUCAUACAUUAAAAAAUUGUUCUGAAGAAACGUAUGUUACAAAAGGAAUGAAUUCAAUACAUUUAUUAAAAAAUAAGCAACAGGAUGUCAAAUUUCUUAAAAGAUACUCAGUUAAUUAUAGCAAUAUUAUUCCAAAUAAAAUAUGUUGUUUAGAUAAUAAAUUAAAAGAACAAAAUAUAAAUAUUAAUACAAGUUUAAUAAACAAUGAUACAUUUUAUGGUUUGUCAAAUAAGACAAAAGAACUUUUCUUAAAAAUUAAAGGCAUUAAUACAUUAUAUCAAUGGCAAGAUGAUUGUUUAAAUUUAGAUGCAAUAAAGAAUAAAAAAAAUUUAAUUUAUGCCCUUCCUACUAGUGGAGGUAAAACAUUGGUUGCAGAAAUAUUAAUGUUGCAAGAACUUAUGUGUAAUAAAAAAAAUGCAAUAUUUAUAUUACCAUUCGUUGCUAUAGUACAAGAAAAAAUUCAAGCAAUGACACCAUUUGCACUUGAGUUAGGUUUUUUAGUUGAAGAAUAUGCAGCAACAAAAGGAACUUUUCCUCCCAAAAAGCGUCGUAAAAAAAAUAGCAUAUAUAUAUGUACUAUAGAAAAAGCAUUAGGUUUAAUAAAUAGUUUAAUAGAAGAAAAACGUCUUCAUGAAAUUGGUAUUAUAGUUGUUGAUGAAUUACAUCUUCUUGGAGAAAAUGGAGGAAGGGGUGCUACAUUAGAAGUUCUUUUAACAAAAGUACUUUAUGUUAAUGAUAAUAUUCAUAUUAUUGGAAUGAGUGCAACAAUAGGUAAUUUAGAAGAAAUAGCAACAUUUUUAAAUGCAGAUUUAUAUACUGGAAAUUUUCGACCUAUUGAAAUUAAAGAAUAUGUGAAAUGUGAUGAAAAUAUUUGGUUAGUUGAUUUAAAAACAGAAGAAUUGUUAACAGAUGUAAAAAAAAUUAAUUAUCGUUAUUCAAAGGAUGCAGCAAUCAUAGAUCCUGAUCGAAUUGCAGGUCUGGUAAUGGAUAUAAUUCCAGAACAUUCAUGUCUCAUAUUUUGUUCCUCUCGUAAAAAUUGUGAAAAUGUUGCUUUGUUAUUAGCUAAAGUUUUACCCAAAUCAUUACAAGAUUACAAAAGGGAUAAAAAACAAGAUUUAUUAAAUGCACUUAAAAAUGAAGAAGGUCUUUGUCCUAUCUUACAUAAAACCAUAAAUUUUGGUGUAGUCUAUCAUCAUUCUGGUCUUACAUCUGAGGAAAGACGAUUAUUAGAAGAUGCUUUUAAAUCAGGGACUCUUUGUGUAAUAUGUUGUACAUCAACACUAGCAACUGGAAUAAAUUUACCAGCAAGAAGGGUAAUAUUAAGAAGUCCGUAUAUUGGCAAUCAGUUUUUGAAUUUAAGUAGAUAUAAACAAAUGGUAGGAAGAGCUGGUCGUGCGGGUAUGGGAAAUAUAGGAGAGAGUAUACUGAUAUGUAAAAGUAAUGAAUUACAAAAGAUAACAGAACUUUUAAAAUCUAAAAUGGAUGAUUCUUUAAGUACACUACAUAUAGAUAGAGAUAGAGGUAUAAAUAAUUUAAUUUUAAGUGCUAUAUUAUUUUCUAUGGCAACAACUAGAUAUGAAUUACACAAAAUAGCAAAAAGGACAUUACUUAAUAUUCAACAAAAACGUUUAAAUGUAAAUAUUAAGCAAAUUGUAGAUGAAACGAUAACUGAAUUUCUAAAAAGUGGUGUAAUAAAAAUAAAAGAAAAAGAAAAAAAUGUUAAUAUAUUAAAACCAAAUAUAAGUGUUGUGUUUCCAUCACAGGAUAUAUCUUCUUGUCCUACAAAAAUAGAAACAAAAAAAAAACGAAUAAUAAAGCUUACCAAUAAUUCUAAAUUAGAAUUAUGUAGUCUUGGACGUGCAGCUAUGAAAGGUUGUAUUGAUAUGGAAUGUGCAUAUACAUUAUAUCAAGACUUAAAAAAAGCACAAGAACAUUUAAUUCUUCUUGAUUAUUUACAUCUAUUAUAUCUUGUUACACCAUAUAAUAUAAUAUCUCAAAUAAAACCAAUAGGAUUUAUUUAUUAUGAUAUGAUAAUUAAUUUAUCAGAAACGCAAAUGAAAACAGCUAGACUUUUAGGAAUUAAUGAAAUAAAUAUAAGUAAAAUACGUGAUGGAUUAAUACCUAAAAAUGUAGAACCAAGAGUGAUUCAUAGAUUUUAUGUAACAUUAAUACUGUAUGAUUUGUGGAAUCAACAUGCAGUGUACAAAAUAGCAGAAAAAUAUGAUAUAAGCAGAGGUAUUGUGCAAAAUCUUUUAACUGCUGUAUCAUCAUUUGCAUUUUCUGUAAUUCGAUUUUGUCAGGAAUUAGAUGAAUUUUGGGCAUUUAAAGAUUUAUUAAAUGUAUUCAGUAAAAAAUUAUCUUAUUGUUGUCCCUUAGAAUUAGAAGCACUAAUGGAUUUACCUUUAGUUAAAAUUAGUAGAGCACGACAAUUAUAUAAUGCUGGAUUUAAAACAGUACAAAUUAUAGCUAAAACUCAACCAAUACAGUUACAAGAAAAAAUUCCAUAUUUAAGUAAAAAGGUUGCAAUGCAAAUUAUUGAGGGUGCUAAAUUAUUAAUAGUGGAGAAAAUAGAAAAUCUACAAGAUGAAACUGAAAAUAUUUUAGAUGGAAUACAUAUGAAUACUUUAAAAGGAUUUUAAAUUAUUAAAAUUAUUCGAUUUAUAUAAUAUAAAUAUUUCAUUUAUAAAAUAUUAAUUUUAUAUGAAUAACAUGUAUUUUUUUACAUAAUUUAAUUAUAAAAUUUUGUUAAUUAUGUAUAAUACAAUUGCUAUUAUUUUUAAAUUUUUACAUAUUGUGUCAAACAGAUCAAUGUGUUCUAAGAAUAACACAUUGUUUAAGCAGGCACAUAUAUUAAAUGUCCAAAACGUAAUUUGAUUUCAUUUGAAAAAAGUAUGAUAUCAAAACAUCAUGGAACAAUUUCUGGCAUAAUAUGUUAUUAUAUGAUAAAAUAUAAUAAACACAAUAUAAUAUAUAUAUAA